GCUUAUAGCUCAUGAAAAUCAGAAAUCCAGUGUCUCAAAUUAUUAGAUUAUUUCCUAAGAUCAAUUUAAAAAAAAAGGAUUUACAAUACAGAGAUGUCCAACUUCUGAAAAGUAUGUUCAUUUAUAUACUCAGUACUUGGUUGGGGCUCAUUUACCACGAAUUACUGCAUCAAUGCGGCAUGGCAUGGAGGCAAUCAGCCUGUGGCACUGCUGGCGCGUUACUGAAGCCCUAGUUGCUUUGAAAGCGGCCUUCAGCUCAUCUGUAUUUUUGGGUCGGGUGUUUCUCAUCUUCCUCUUGACAAUAAUGCAUAGAUUCUCGAUGGGGUUCAGGUCAGGCAAGUUGGCUGGCCAAUCAAGCACAGUAAUAUCAUGGUCAGCAAACCAUUUGGAAGUAGUUUUGGCACUGUGGGCAUGAGCUAAGUCCUGCUGGAAAAGGAAAAAGGAAAUCGGCAUCUCCAUAAAGCUUGUCAGCAGAUGGAAGCAUGAAGUUCUCUAAAAUCUCCUGGUAGAUGGCUGCGUUGACUGUGGACUUGAUAAAACACAGUGGACCAACACCAGCAGAUGAUCUGGCACCCCAAAUCAUCACAGACUGCAGAAAAUUUACACUGGACUUCAAACACCUUGGAUUCUGUGCCUCUCCACUCUUCGUCCAGACUCUAGGACCUUGAUUUCCAAACGAAAUGCAAAAUUUACUUGGAUCUGAAAAGAGGACCUUGGACCACCAAGCAACAGUCCAGUUCUUUCUCUCCUUAGCCCAGUUUCAUAGCAGCACCAAGUUUCUGGGUGUGCACAUCUCUGAAGACCUGUCCUGGAGCAACAACACUGCAUCACUGGCCAAAAAAGCCCAACAGCGCCUGUACUUCCUCCACAAACUGAGGAGAGCAAGAGCCCCGGCCUCCAUCAUGCACACAUUCUACAGAGGCACCAUCGAGAACAUCCUGACCAGCCGCAUCACCGUGUGGUACGGCGCCUGCACCGUGUCCUGCUGCAAGACUCUGCAGCGCAUCGUGAGAGCAGCUGAGAGGAUCAUUGGUGUCUAUCUCCCUUCUCUAAUGGAUAUCUAUAACUCCAGCCUCACCCGCAAAGCCAUCAGGAUUGCAGGUGACCCCACCCACCCAUCUCACAGCCUCUUCAGUCUGCUGCCGUCGGGGAGGAGACUGCGGAGUCUCCGGGCCAAAACCAGCAGGCUCAAGGACAGUUUCUUUCACCAGGCGGUCAGGAGGCUCAACUCCCUCCCUGUUCUGCCCCUCCUCCCCCCUCUGCCCCCUGCCACAGAUUCUGCCCGCACACCCCCCUGCCCCCCCUUCAGCAUCUGACAUGUCACCCUCACAGUCCCCCCCCCCAACACACACACACACACACACACACACACACACACAUACAUACUCUCAACGUUCAUUAACACACUGAACUCAGGGACUGCACAUUUCACUUUACCUUGCUCAUUUGCACUAUUCUGCACUACCUCACCUUAACAGCUAUUAGUUUAUUGUUUAUACUGCUUAUUUCAUGUUUACCUGCUAUGCCUCAAGUGCCCUUGACUGUUUAUUUGCUCCAAUUUAUGUGUGUGUGUGUGUAUAUAUAU